AUUCUAUACAGCGUGGAAAUCCAUUUAGCACCGCGGAGAUCUACCAGCAUUACUAUACCCAGCGACAGAACGGCCUUGGGAGUGUGCCGAUAAUUACCAUGAUGGAAGGGAAGCAAUAGGCAUUUUGGGCGUCCAAUGACAGUUCUCUUCGUUAUCGAGCAUCAAGAGCCGGUAUCUCUCUGGACCCUACUGAGAUUGCGUGAUCCUGGAAUCUCUGUCUUAUGAUCCAUUAUCAUUCCUGGACAUCGACUUGGGCCUGUUUCUCCUAGGAGAUUGAUAUUGCUUUUUGUCUCCCCGCUCCUACUGGACAUUGGACUGCACUGUCUAUACGAACCAAGGGAAUUAAACUUUCGAGUCACUUUAUUCGUGUUGUGUUUCGGCUGUACGGAGUCCAGGUUGUCGCAUUCUACAGCGCGCUAUACCUUGUCUUGUCAUAUAGACGGUGUCGAUUUCCCUGUACGUCCUGACAUUCAGUCAUUGUUAAACUAGCAUGUUUGGAUUGCCAUUCAAGUCUAUACAUAUCUCCCUGGAUUUCUGUGAUAUUAUCAUACCGUCUACCAAUUAUCUGUGUUUGGAUCGUUACCCUUUGGAAAGCUACACAACAUGAGCCUUGGUCCCCUCAAGUUACUCUUUGUCUCUCCGGAGGUGAAUCCCAUCAAUAAGAAGGCCAAGUCGAUUCCCAUUCUCAAUCCAAUCGAUCCAUAUGGUCGUGUCUUUUUCUUUUCAUGGCUCGGAUUCAUGGUUGCGUUUCUGUCGUGGUAUGCUUUCCCACCUCUGAUGACCGAUACCAUUAAACAAGAUUUGCAUAUGUCGCAGGAUGACGUUGCAAAUUCAAACAUCAUUGCUCUUCUAGCAACGCUUCUUGUUAGGCUCUUCUGUGGACCGCUGUGUGACCGAUAUGGGCCCCGCUUGGUCUUUGUUGGAUUACUGCUCUGUGGUGCCAUCCCGACUGCUUUGGCCGGUCUUGUUUUCACCCCCAAGGGUCUAAUCGCAUUGCGGUUCUUCGUCGGCAUCCUGGGAGCCACGUUUGUUCCUUGCCAAGUGUGGUGUACGGGGUUCUUCGAUAGGAACAUCGUCGGAAGUGCGAAUUCUUUGGCAGGCGGUUUCGGCAAUGCCGGUGGGGGAAUUACAUAUUUCGUCAUGCCAGCCAUCUACAACUCGCUUGUUCACUCUCGAGGGCUGACACCGCAUAGAGCCUGGCGUGUUGCCUACGUUGUGCCAUUCAUUAUUAUCGCAGCCAUCGCAUUGACAAUGCUAUUUACAUGCCCGGACACCCCAACAGGGAAAUGGUCAGAGCGACACACCUGGGUAGGCAACCAUGCGAGCGACUCACCUGCCCAGAGCAACGCCAUCAACAUUACAGACACAGAGAAGAAAGCAGGCACUGAAUCCCCCGACAUAACAUCAACAGACCAAGAAUCUAAACACCCCGAAGUGGCAGCCGGCUGCAACAGUGAAGCCGUCGUAGACCCGACCCUCAAAGAUGCCCUCCGAGUCACCUGCAGUCUCUCCACGAUAUCCCUAGCUCUAACCUACGCCUGCUCCUUCGGCUCCGAAUUAUCCAUCAACUCCAUCCUCGGCGCAUUCUACGCCAAGAAUUUCCCGAAACUUGGCCAGACCAGGUCAGGAGACUGGGCAGCCAUGUUCGGCCUGCUCAACGUUGUCUGUCGUCCCACAGGCGGGUUCGUGUCGGACCUUCUUUACCGCUCCACGGGGACGGUCUGGAGCAAGAAGAUCUGGCUCAUCUUCCUAGGUGUCGUGAUGGGUGUCUUCGAGCUUGCGAUCGGGUUAACGGAUCCGAAGGAUGAAGCGACCAUGUUCGGCCUCAUGGCUGGAUUGGCCUUCUUUUUGGAGGCUUGUAAUGGGGCCAAUUUUGCUCUUGUGCCGCAUGCGCAUCCUUUUGCUAAUGGUAUCGUCUCCGGCAUAGUAGGUGGCAUGGGAAAUUUCGGCGGCAUCAUCUUCGCCAUUGUCUUCCGCUACAAUGGUGUGCAGUAUGGUCGGUCAUUUUGGAUUAUUGGUGUCAUCUGCAUCGGUAUUAAUGUGCUCUUCUCCUGGACGAGACCGGGUUCUAAAUUGAACGUGUAAAUUAAUUCAUUUACUUAUCCAAUUUACUGUAUUAUCACUU